AUGGUAAACCUGAAGACUCUCCCACUGCUGCUCUUGCUCCACACGCAGCUCUCCAAGGCCCUCCCUGUACCUGCUGAACCACCUGAAGAGAAAAAAACAAUAGUUGUUAAGAAUUAUCUAGAAAAAUUCUACCAAUUGCCCAAGAGUCAACAUCAGUUUGAAAGGAAGAACAGCGCCAGCAUGAUUGUGGAAAAACUUAAAGAAAUGCAGCAGUUCUUUGGAUUGAAUGUGACAGGGAAGCCAGAUGCUGCAACCCUGGAGGUGAUGGAAAAGGCUCGCUGUGGAGUGCCUGAUACUGGGGAUUUUAUGUUAACCCCAGGAAACCCGAAGUGGGAACACACAAACCUAACCUACAGGAUUAGAAAUUAUCCCUCAAAUUUUGCAAAGACUGAUGUGGAAACCGCUAUUAUGAAAGCCUUUCAAAUCUGGAGUAAUGUAUCACCCCUGAACUUCAGCAAGACCUCAGAGAGGAAAGCAGACAUCGAGAUUGAUUUUGUCAUAAGAGAUCAUGGUGAUAAUUCUCCAUUUGAUGGACCAAAUGGGAUCCUUGCUCAUGCCUUUCAACCAGGCCAAGGUAUUGGAGGAGAUGCUCAUUUUGAUGCAGAAGAAACAUGGACCAAAACCUCACAAAAUUACAACUUGUUUCUUGUUGCUGCUCAUGAAUUUGGUCAUUCAUUGGGGCUCUCUCAUUCAUCUGAUGCUGGUGCCUUGAUGUAUCCCACCUAUGCUUUCACAGACCCCAGCACAUACCUGCUCCAUCAAGAUGACAUCAAUGGAAUCCAGGCCAUCUAUGGACCUUCAAGCAACCCUAUUAAACCCACUGGACCAAGCACCCCCACAGCGUGUGAUCCUAGAUUGACAUUUGAUGCUAUCGUCACACUCCGAGGAGAAAUAUUUUUCUUUAAAGACAAGUAUUUCUGGAGAAGCCACCCUCAGCUAGAAAGAGUCGAAUUAAACUUUCUUUCUCUAUUCUGGCCAUCCCUGCCAAAUGGAAUACAGGCUGCCUAUGAGGAUUUUGAUAGAGACCUAGUUUUCUUAUUUAAAGGCAACCAAUACUGGGCUCUGAAUGGGUAUGACAUUCAGCCAGGUUAUCCCAAGAGUAUAUCAAACUACGGUUUACCCCGCAGUGUCCACGCCAUCGAUGCAGCUGUGUCCUAUAGAGGAAAAACAUACCUCUUUGUCAACAAUCAAUUCUGGAGAUAUGACAACAAAAAACAAUCCAUGGAACCAGGUUAUCCCCAAAGCAUAGCAAAUGCCUUUCAAGGAAUAUACAGUAGAAUUGAUGCAGUUUUCCAUCAGGGAUACUUCUUCUUUUUCUUCACUGGGCCAGAAUAUCAUGCAUUUGACCUUAAUGCCCGUAGAGUUACUAGGGUUGGAAGAAGCAAUGAAUGGCUUAACUGUUGA